CGCGCGCGUUAAAGACCAUGAGUGACUCCACAGUCCUCGCGCACAGGCACAUCAGGAUGGUGGAAGUUAAGUUGCUCACGCGAUGAAUUAUUUUAAUGAAAGUCGGACGCAGACGAGCGCGGAGCGUUACAUCUUCGCGUCUGGGACGUACAAACUUCUCGCCUUCACGAUCGGAACCAUAGGGGUAUUGGGCUUUUGCAACAAUGCUGUCGUCAUUAUACUUUAUUAUAGGUUCAAGAGACUGCGCACGCCGACUAAUUUGUUGCUCGCGAACAUAAGCGCGAGCGACCUGCUGGUGUCCGUCGUCGGAAUCAACUUCACCUUCGUCUCGUGCGUUAAGCAGGAGUGGCUGUGGAACAGCGCAGCGUGUGUCUGGGACGGAUUCAGCAACAGUUUACUUGGUGUCGUGUCCCUCAUGACGCUAUCUGCACUGGCGUAUGAGCGCUACAUCCGAGUGGUACAUGCCAAGGUUGUGGACUUUCCCUGGGCCUGGCGCGCCAUCACCCACAUUUGGCUCUACUCACUGGCCUGGACCGGUGCUCCUCUGCUGGGCUGGAAUAGGUACACCCUGGAGGUCCACCAGCUGGGUUGUUCCCUGGACUGGGCAUCCAAAGAUCCCAACGAUGCUUCCUUCAUCCUCUUCUUCCUCCUUGGCUGCUUCUUCAUUCCCAUAGGGAUCAUGGCUUACUGCUAUGGGAAUAUUUUAUAUGCAGUACACAUGCUGCGCUCCAUUGAAGACCUUCAGACGGUGCACAUCGUUAAGGUCCUGCGCUACGAGAAGAAGGUGGCAGCCAUGUUGUUGCUGAUGAUCUCCUGCUACCUGCUGUGCUGGACUCCCUACGCCGUGGUCUCCAUGCUGGAGGCUUUCGGCAAGCGCAACGCGGUGUCCCCCACCGCGGCCAUUAUCCCUUCCUUCUUCGCCAAGUCCAGCACGGUUUACAACCCUGUUAUAUAUGCCCUCAUGAGCAGGAAGUUUCGACAUUGCAUGCUACAGCUGUUGUGCUCUCGUCUGGGCCGCCUGCAGCAGAGCAUCAAGGACCGCCCUCUGACCUGCAGCAACCAGCCGAUACGCCCGAUUGUGAUGUCUCAGAGCCGCCACGACCGGCCCAAGAAGAGAGUGACCUUCAACUCAUCCUCCAUCGUCUUCAUCAUCACCAGCAAUGACACAGACGCUCUGGACGUCAGUUCUAAAUGUGGCGGCGCUCCAGAGGUCAAUGUCAUCCAAGUGCGACCCCUCUGACAGUGGCACGGUAGUGACAUGAUCGUGACACCCUAGGGUUUCCCCUUUCAUGCUGAAGAAACACAUUCGCUGAUGUUCUUCUCUGCUGUGGAUAUCUUAUUGUGAUGCUAAACACAUAAUUUGAACUAAAUGGUCCUGAACUACUGCAAAAGUCCAUUGGUCAACCCCAUUGCUUUCGUUACUGAUUUUUACAAAGUGUGGAAACUACGUUACUUAUUAAUGUAAAUAAUAUAAAUGUUAUA